AUGAUUUGUUUAACGACAAUUUUCAUACAUUUUCUAGUUUUAAUUUGGUUUGGAGUUGAUGCGAAUGCUGAAGCAAAGCGAUUGUUACAUGAACUUAUGAAAGAUUAUAAUCGAUAUGUGUUACCUGUUCCAUCGAUUAAUCAAACGGUCAAUGUCAAACUAGGCUUGAAACUAUCUCAAUUGUCAGAUAUUGAUGAACGAAAUCAAAUCAUGACAACUAAUGUUUGGCUUGAACAUGAAUGGACGGAUUAUAAAUUAACAUGGAUACCGAGUCAAUAUGGUGACAUCGAUGUCGUAGAAAUUCCUUCAUCAGAUAUUUGGGUACCAGAUAUUGUCUUAUAUAAUAAUGCCGAUGGAACGUAUGAAGUCAACACGAUUACCAAAGCUCAUGUGUUCUGGAAUGGAACGAUUAAAUGGGAUCCGCCGGUUAUUUAUAAAUCCUAUUGUGCUAUUGAUAUUCAGUAUUAUCCAUUUGAUAUUCAAAACUGUUCGAUGAAAUUCGGUACAUGGUCACAUGAUGGAAAUUUGGUUGAUCUUUCGCAUAAAUCCGGACUAAUAUUCGUUGCUGUUGGCGUUGAUCUUACCGAUUAUUACCCGUCGAUUGAAUGGGACAUUCUCUCAGCAGAUGCUGUUCGUCAUGUUCUCAUUUAUGAUUGUUGUCAAGACGAUCCAUAUUUUGAUGUAACAUUCACAUUAAGAAUUCGACGUAAACCACUAUUUUACAUGGUGAAUCUUGUUGUACCUUGUGUUAAUAUUGCAUUUCUGACCAUUCUCGUCUUUUACUUACCUAGUGAUUCUGGUGAAAAAUUAACAUUAUCAAUCUCAAUUUUUGUCGCACUUCAAGUUUUCUAUCUUCUUCUAGUCGAUCUUAUUCCUCCGACAUCAUUCACCCUUUCUCUCCUCGGAACAUAUUUGCUAUUCACAUUAGUUCUCGUUAAUGCCUCUAUCUUUAUCACGAUUAUAACAUUAAAUAUUCAUUGGCGUCAUCCAAACACCCAUUACAUGCCUGAUUGGGUCAAACGAUGGUUUUUCGAGAUAAUUCCACCAUUUAUAUUAAUGUCAAAGCCACAUAUCGCCACCGCGAUGUCGCAAUUGAAAGAUGAUAAGACAGAUGAGGAGUUACCCUUAUCCAAUACGAACGAUAGUUUACAUCGUUUGAAUCGAUUUUUGAAAAAUAAAUCAAUUGAAAAAUAUCCACCGACCAUCCAACAAGCAAUUCGAGACAUUCGAUAUAUCAGUGAAACUCAACGUGAAGCUCAGCGAGAUGAUAUUGAAAGAGAAGGUUGGCGAUACAUCGCUCUGGUCAUCGAUCGAUGUUGUUUAAUAGUAUUUAUUUUUUUAACUACCAUUGGUUCGUAUGUGACUCUAUUCACAGCUCCACAUAUUUUUAGUAAAGAAAUUCCAAUCGAACGACUGUAUUCGCGUCAUUAUAACACACAUUCAAGUUGA